AUUGCAAAUCCCAUCGGUACAUCAAAAUGGCUGACAUUCUCCAAAACUUGUAUCAAGAAUACAAAAAUGCAAUAAGCAAUAAUUACAAUGCAAUUGCACAGUUUGAGUCGGCCUUUCGCCUUGUAUCUUAUGCCAUAGCAGGUAAUAGUAUCAGUUGUGGAAUGUUUGUUCCCUAAAUGCUAUUACUUAUUUAAAAUAAACCUUAACCAGGGAACAACAUUUAGUUUAGAGUUUAGAGUUUAGAGACAUUAUCAUGGAUACUUUGGUCAAAAAUUUAAACAUUUUGUAAAAAUAAACCAAAGGCACAGUUGAAUAGAGCUAAUUUUUUUACAGAAUUAUAACACCAAAAUCAUAUUUUUAGCUGUUGUAGUUUUAAAGUUAUGAAAUUUUAAAGUACGACUUGGAUUGUCAUUUUUUAACAUGGACUGCAUCUCCACAUUCUGUGACCUCAUUCCACUGAUCGCGUCAUGCGCAAUGACUAUAUAGUUUAUAUAAGGCAACGCAUUCCCUAUCACUAAAAUACUGUUUAGGGUCGACUUAUUUUCAACUUUGGCACAUGAAUAAUUAAUUAAAGCUUUCCCUGACCAAUGGUUUAAUAGAUUUUGCACACGGCAAACUCUUAUGAAUGAAACUCUGAGAUAGUACUACGAUAUAGCCGUUAUGCAAGUGGCUGUGAAUGGUUGCCAAUGACAACGUGUUGCCCAGGGAAAAUUCUGAUCAUUUAUAAUAUGGACUCUACAGAGUUUUUAAAGCUCAAAUUAAAACAUUCCAGUUUAAAUGUUUUCAAAAUGCAUUCUGAAACACAAAAUAUAAAAUAUUUUGAUGUAUUUAGUGGUAAUAAUUAAAUAUUUCCUAAGUAUCGGCAACUUCCGCCAUUAAAAAGGGGGCGUGGCCCACGCCAUGUCGAAAUUAGGCUGAGCCACCUUAUGGUGAUAUGGGUCACUGUGACAAGCGUAACAAAUGUGAGACACGACCUACAUCAAUGAAACUUGGCACAGAUAUAGAUCAAUAUCUAAUGCUCAUACAGAUUUAAUCAAAAAGGACCUUAUCUUAUUAUUUCACAAAAAAUAUUUAAUGCGAAGAUGUCUUUUAUAUACCAAAGAUUUUCAAAAUAAAGGUCGAUUAAAAAAAGCAAAAUAGCUGGCUAGAAAUGUAGGCCAAGAUGUCUACGAAAUUAUAAGGCCGGAAACGGAACUCAAAUAUAUGUCGAAAGAACUAAUUUAAUAAUAAAUAGACACACACAUCGGAAAAUUAAAAACUCGGAUUUUUCAGCGCCGACACCCAUUUCCGAUACAAAAAAAGUUGUAGUCUCCCUUGUUUCAUCGAAGUAUCUACAUUAUCAUUAGUCAUUAGUCUAUUAUUAUUAGAUCUAGUCAUAUUAAUUUAGGUACUUUAGUAAACAAAUUCAAAAUAUUUUUUUAAUAUUAAUAUUUUAAUUUAAUAUUAGUUAUUUAGAACAAAUUUCAAAUUGGGCUAUUUCAGAUUUAGUGGCCCACGACGACUUUGUUUUGGAUUCUAUUGGUUUUUAUUGGUUGAUUAGAUUAAUUAUAAUUUUUAAAUUUUGAUUGGUUGGCUCAUUAUCAUUUUUAUUUGGUUGCGCCAUCUUUGAUAUCUUUGGGGUGAAUGUGGGGUGUGGAGAUUUAUUCAUUUUGGGGCUAUAUUUGCGUUGGAACCUGAAAUAAAGUGUGUAAAAGUGUAUUUCAUGAAACUGUAAGUUGGAUUUUCAUCAUUUCUUUAUGUUAUGAUUAUUUUGGGCAUUUUUUUGUUAAUUUUAUCGUUUUCUUGCCACAUUAUGUAAAUUCCACAUGUUUUUACUUGUGGCUUUAGACGUAGUAUUUAGGGAUCGAUUUUGAUUUAGGGUUCGGGUUAGGCAUAGGGAUAGAUUUAGUGAUUUAGGGUUCGGGUUAGGCAUAGGGAUAGAUACUAGUGAUUUAGGGUUCGGGUUAGGCAUAGGGAUAGAUUUAGUAAUUUAGGGUUUGGGUUAGGCAUAGGGAUCGAUUUAACACAUUUUUUCAUAAAUUUUUAAAGUUUUCUUCCUAAUUUUAGCAAACAUGAGUUAUUUUAUUUUUCCAUGGCCGCCAUCUUGGCUGCCUUGACCUGUGAACACGUAAAAGUGCGCGGGUCGAGGCAACCAAGAUGGCGGCCAUGGAAAUAGACUCGGGCCGCUUUCUCAGAAUUUACCUCAAAUUGAAACCAGAAUCAACUUUUUAGCUUAAUUACUUUUUGAGCUACAAAUUUUUAAAGUGUGAGUUCGUUUGGUAUUUUUUACUAAAGGUAGGUACUUCGAUUAAGCAAGGGAGAGUUCUAAAAAAUUUGUAUGGGAAAUAGGCGUCAGCGCGCGAAAAUCAGAGUUUUUAAUUUUUUGAUGUUGAAACUAUUUCAUUCAUAAAAUAAUUACUAUCUCCCAGAAUUGUGUUCCUCUUCCAGCCUUUCGCUUUAGAGGACAUCUUGGCCUACAUUUUAAUCUAGGUACUACGACAAAGCAAGGGAGACUCCUAGUAAAUUUGUAUCGGAAAUGGGUGUUGACGCAAUAGAAUCCGAGUUUUUAAUUUUUCAUGUGCAUGUAAUUUGAAUAAAUUUGGAGUCCUUUCGGCCCAUAAUUAAGGUCUGACUCCGCCCAUUAACGUUAGGAGAAAUGUUGAACUACAUUCCCAUUGAGUUAAUUAUUUCUUUAUAUCAACGUUAAGUAAGGAAAAUCGUAUGUCAAUAUAAGGCAUCUUCGCAUUAAACAUUUUUGUAUAAAUAUUCAAGGUAGGUCUUUCAUAUUAAAAGUAGGCCUGCAUAAUUUGUUGAAGUACAUGCAGACCUGUUUACUCUUACGAUUUCGGCGUACAAUGUACGAUUUUGAGGUGUAUACAUGUUUAUUUUUUUAGUAUUAAGAUAGUGUAUUGAACGAUUUUGUGAUGAUAUUGUAAGAUUUUAAGAGUUUGAGGGUAAACAGGUCUGUACAUGUGUGCAAAGUUUCUAGAGAUAGCUCAAUAAACAUUUUCACAAUUCUCCUCAACAUUGACCUCAUUAUGCAAAGGUCGCACUGGCCAUUUUGGAUUAAGGAUCCCGCCCCCUUUUAAAUGGCGGAAAACGCCGAUACUUAGCUUAGGAAAUAUUCAUUAUUACCUCUAUAUACAUCAAAAUAUUUGAUAACUUGUGUUUCAGAAUGCAUUUUGAAGACAUUUAAACUUCCACAUCUUGUGACCUCAUUCCGCCGAUCGCGUUAUUUGCAAUGACUAUAUAGAUUAUAUAAGGCAACACAUCCCCUUAUCACUAAAAUACUGUUUAGGGUCGACUUAUAUUAAACUUUCAACUUUUACUUUGGCACAUGAAUAAUUUAUUAAAGAUUUCCCUUACCAAUGGUCCAUGACCAUGGUUUAAUAGUUUUUGCACACGGAAAACUCUUAUGAAUGAAACUGUGAGGUAGUACUAAAAUACAGGCAAUUCAGGCUCAUACCAGCAAGAAGCCAGUAUAGGAGCUGCUCAUUCCUGCCCAAGACAAUCAGGGACUGGAACCAUCUUUCAAAAGGAACGUUUGAGGCGACAACACUAGACACAUUUGUGUCUAUUGCCUCAAGCCUUCAAACUCCUAAUGCAUGAUUUCCUCAUCAACACCAGUAACAGAAACAUUGCAAAUCCCAUCUUCAUGCAUAGGAGCCAAAAUGAUCAAAUAAUUGAUCGUGGGCCCUUAAGAUAUAGAAGAAGAAAUAUAGCCAUUAUGCAAGUGGCUGUGAAUGGUUUCCAAUGACAACAUGUUGCACACGGACAAUUCUAAUCAUUUAUAAUAUGGAUCCUACUACAGGGUUUUUAAAUCCAUCCAUCCAUCCAUCCCUGUGGCGCUACAGCCCAUGUAGGGCUUUGGCCUGCCUCACCACUUCCUUCCACUCAGACCUAACUAAUGCCUCUCUUUUUCAUGCUUGAACUUUCAACUGCUGUUGAUCAUUUUCCACAUCAUAUAUCCACCUAAGCCUAGGUCUGCCUUUGAGCCUUUUUCCUCUGGCUCUGGGGUAUUGGUGAUGCACCCUCUUCGUUCCGACAUUCUCUUUAGGUGUCCUGCCCAGCGUAGCCUGCCUCUUUUUAUUUCUGCUACUAUCGUGGGAUCCUGAUAUAGACUGUAUAAUUCAUGGUUGGUUCGUAUUCUCCAUCCAUAUUCAAUAAUAUUCAUCCUUUGUUGGCCCAUUUAUUUUCCUGAGAACUUUCCUCUCCCAUGUGUUUAAUAGGUUUUCUACUGUUUUUGUUAGGGUCCAGGUUUCACUUGCAUAUGUUACAACUGGUCUGAUUACAGUUUUAUAAAUAGUUUUACUGUGUUUCGCUUGUAAUGUUUUUACUUUUGAGUAUUUUCUGACUACUGAAGUAUGGCUUAUUUCCGGCUGAUAUUCUUUCUUUUAUUUCUGUUAGUAAUUUGUUUCUUUCAUUUAACAAGGAUCCUAGGUAUUUGAAUUGAUUUACUUUUUCUGGUUUCUAAUUUUAAUUGCUUCCUCUGUUUGUUCUUCUCUUAUCAUGGUCAUGUAUUUUGUUUUUUGGUUGUUAACUUCCAGCCCUGCUUGUAGAGAUGCGUCUUCUAAUUCAAUAAAGGAUUUUGAUAUGUCUUUAAUACUUUUCCCUAGAAGUGCUAUGUCAUCAGCAUAUGCAAGAUACUGAAGUGGUUGGUUGUAGAGUAUGCCCAUUGGCUGUGGGUUUUGAGUUUCCCUCAGAAAGUAUCUUGUUAUCGUUCCUCAAGUGUCAAUGUGUAUGUUUCUAAUAACUCUCUCUAAUGUUAGGUUAAAAAGCAUACAGACAGUGAGUCUCUGUGUCUUAGGCCUCGUCUAAUAUGAAAUUCCCUUGAAUAUUCUCCUUGAAUCUUGAUUUUGCUUUUUGAGUUGUUUAGUGGUACAUGUAUUAGUCUUGUCAGUUUGUUGGGUAUCCCAAACUCCUGCAGAGUCUCAUAUAGAUAGUUUCUUUUGAUGCUGUCAUAGGCCAUUUUAUAGUCCACAUAUAUUUGAUGUACUGGUAUAUUAUAUAUUCAUAGCAUUUCUCUUAUAGGCAUCUGAUGGUGAAAAUCUGAUCAGUCGUUGAUCUGUUAGGCCUGAAUCCACAUUGGUAAUCACCUAGUAUUUCUUCAGUGUAAGGUUGUAGUCUUUUGGCAAUAAGCUUCAUCAGUAUUUUUUAAACAUUUAAUAGGGAGAUUCCCCUGUAGUUUGUGCACUGAGGUUUGGAGCCUUUCUUGUGUAUUGGGGCUAUUAAAGCUGUUUCCCACUCUGUCUGCAUUUUCUCUUCUUGCUACAUUUUAGUUAUAAGUUUAUGUAUCUGAUUGUGUAGUUCUUUUCCUCCAUAUUUAAUCAGUUCUGCUGUGAUGAGGUCUUGUCCGGGGGCUUUGUGAUUUUUCAUAUAAUUAAUUACCUCUUUGGUUUCUUCUAGGGUUGGGCAUUGUAUAAAAGGGUCUGGUCCUCCCUGUGGUGGGUGAUAAUCUUCUUCUUGUCUAUUGUCUGCACUCAGUAUGUCCUCAAAGUAUUCAGCCCACCUCUCCAGUACUUCACUAUUUUCCGUGAUUAAUUCUCCAUUGUGGCUCUCACACAUUUGCAGUCUGGCUUGGUAUCCAUUCUUUUCAUCUUUUAUCUUCAUGUAUAUUCCUCAUAUAUUUCCCUCUCUUGAUAAAUCUUCUAUUUCCUUUAGUUUAUCUUUUUCCCAUUCCCUCUUUUUCUUCUUAAACAUUUUUGUUGCUUUCCUUCUGGCUUCCUUGUAUGUUUGUGUUGUAUUUCUGGUUUCCCUUUGUAACAUGAUCAUUCUUGCUUUGUUUCUUUCUUCCACAGUCUCUCUGCAUUCAUUGUCGAACCAGCCUACGCUAUUGUUGGCUUUCUGAAAUUCCACUACUUUUUCUGCUGAUCUUUUAAUGGCAUUUUUUAUCCUAUCCCACUGAUCAAUUAUGUUGUUUUCCUCGUUUACUUCCUCCUGCGAUGCUUCUAAUUAUACUUCUACUUCAUUUUGCAUUUGCCGGCCCAACAAUUUGGAACACCCUUCCAGUCACUCUCAGAAACAGCCAGACACUGGAGUCCAUUAAAACCGAUUUAAAAACACAUCUAUUUCGCAAACACCUUUAUUAUUUUAAACUUUAUUAUUAUUAUUAUUAUUCUGGUACGCUUUUGCAGUUAAUGGGUCUUUGGGCAGCUUUUGGUAAUCGCAUCGUUUCUCUCUUUGAUUACGACCAUAGUGAAUUAAGCUUAUUCUCUGUCUAUAUUUUACCCUUACAAGUAGAUGAUCCGAGUCCGCAUCUGCUCCUCUAAGGCUUCUCACAUCUAAUAUAUCUGAUCCAUGUCUCCGAUCUAUUAAAACAUGAUCGAUUUGAUUGCGGGUGAUUCCAUCUGGUGAGUUCUACGUAGCCUUAUGUAUAUUUUUGUGCGGAAACUUGGUGCUGCUAACUGACAUCCCUUUUCCUACCACAAAGUCUAUGAGUCGGAUCCGAUUGUCAUUGGAUUCUUCAUGCAGACUUUCCUUGCCAAUAGUUAGCAUGAACACCUUUUCUUUUCCUAUUUUGGCAUUGAAGUCUCCAAUAACUUUUUUAAUAUCAUGUCGUGGUGCCUCUUCGUAGAUCUUUUCCAGUGUCUCAUAAAAGGAUUCUUUAUCCUGAUCUUCCGUGUCUUCGGUUGGAGCUUGUACAUUUAUGAAUGUUAUAUUGCAAUUUUUCCUCAAACACGCAAAGAACACAAACUUUCGUUUUCCGGUUUGAAGCCUAUGACUGCACUGACUGAGGAUCCUUUGUGGGUCCCUCCACUUUCUACAAGGCAGUAGGUUCUGAUUUUGGUCCGCCCCAGGUAUUUUAUUUCCCUGGUGCCCUCCAUAUCUGGUGGGCUUUCCCCUAUCCGCCACCUGGGGAGGAGAUCAGUUGAAGAUCAGUAUCUCCGCACGAGACAGGGUUUUUAAAGCUCAAUGUAAAACAUUCCAUUUUAAAUGUCGUCAAAAUGCUUUCUGAAACAAAAGUUAUCAAAUAUUUUGAUGUAAAUAGUGGUAAUAAUUAAAUAUUUCCUAAGUAUAGCAAACUUCCGCCAUUAAAAAGGGGGCGUGGCCCACGCCAUGUCAAAAUUAGGUUGAGCAACCUUAUGUUCAUGUGGGUCAAAGGAUCAAGCAUAACGAACGUCGGACAUGACCUACAUUAAUGAAAAUUGGCACACUUAAAAUUCAAUAUCUAAUGCUUUUCAUGAUUUAAUAUGAAAGACCUUUUCUUUUUAUUUCACAAAAAAUUUUGUAUGCGAAGAUCCCAUAUAUAUACCAAAGAUUUUCUAAAUAUAUUAUAUAUGUCUUCCAAACUGAAAAGGCAGAAGCGGACCACAAUUAUAUGUGAAAAGGACUCAUUCAUUAAUGAAUGGACAUUAAAAAGUCGGAUUUUACUGCGCCGAAGCCAAUUUCCGAUACAAUUUUAAAGUAGUCUCCCUUGUUUUACCGCAGUAUCUACCAACAUGAAUGGUCAAUCAAGUCAAUGGUGGAAUUAUAAAUUAAUUAUGAUUGAAAUUAAUUAUAGGAGUUGGUAUGGACUUGAGUCCUAGGCCUAGGAACAUCUGUAAAGCAGGGGAGACUACUUCAAAAUUUGUAUGAGAAAUGGCAUCUGCGCAGAAGAAUGCAAGUUUUUAAUUUUUGACAUUGGUGCUUUUUCAUUUAUAAAAUUACUAUUUUGUCAUAAAAUUGUGGUAUCCUUCCAGGAUUGCCUCAUUUAUAUUAGUAUUAGUAUUAAUAAUAAUAAUAAUUAGUGGUCUUAUAUAGUGCGGUACCCCAGCCCAGUGGUACCCCAGCCUAGGGCUGGGCUCACCGCGCUGUACAUAAAAAUAUUAGCAAAAGAGACAUAAUCAUGACAUUAAAAUAAAAUACGUUUAUGAAAUAAAAAACAGCGUGUAACCAAAACAACAAAAACAAAUGUAUAUUCACCCACCCCAGAACUUUUACAUGGCAAACCAUGGGCAGCAGCCAGCAGGAUCGUUUAUCGGUCAGAGGAGGGGAAUCAGUUAGGGUAGCAUAGUUUAAAGAGAUGUGUUUUGAGUGCAGUUUUGAAGGCCUGGGCAGUUGGUAUAUUGCGGAUGUGUAGUGGCAAAGAAUUCCAUUGUUUGGGGGUGCAGAAAGAGAAAGAUCGUUCACCAUUUGUUUUAGUGUGUUUCUUGGGAACAGACAGAAUACACGUGUCUGUGGAGGAGCGAAGCUGUUGAAGGGAUGAAUAGACAGAAAGAAGUUCGGUUAGAUAGGAAGGGCAGGAAUUCGAGAAAAAGUUGUGACAGAGAACAGACAACAUGUUGUCAAUGCGUGCCUGUAUAGGGAGCCAAUGAAGUAUUAGUAUUAGGUACUUGGUAAAGUAAUGGAUACUCCUAGAAAUUAAAAUUUGUAUCGAAAAUGGGGAUCGGCAGAAUGGAAUCUGAGUUUUUAAUUUUUUAUGUGAGUGGAAUUUUAAUGAUACAGGAGUCCUUUUGGCCCAUAAUUAAGGUCUGAGUCCAUAUAAUAAAUGAUCAGAAUUUUCCGUGUGCAAAACGUUGUCAUGGGCAACCAUUCACAGCCACUUCAAUAAUGGUUAUACCGUAGUACUACCUCAGAGUUUCAUUCAUAAAAGUUUGCCAUGUGCAAAAACUAUUAAAAACAUUGGUCAGGGAAAGCUUGAACUAAUUAGUCAUGUGCCAAAGUUGAAAGUUCAAAAUAUGUUUGCCCCAAAAAAGUAUUUUAUUAAUAAAGGGGAUGUGUUGACUUAUAUAGCGUACACUGGUAUAAUGGACGCAGUAGAUUUGGUAAACAGAAAAGCCAUAUAUUAAUCCUUUAUAUAAAAUUUACUGAUAUACACAGUGCAUAGUUAGAUAAGCUACAAUUUAUCUAUAAUUGUAUAACAUUAUUAAAAUUAUUUUUUAAUACAGCAUUAGUUCUGUAAAUAAAACAUCUAUAAAGUUAUCAUUAAAACGAGAGUUAUUUAGCUCGAGACGCGAGCAGCAGAAUUGGGUCUCUCAAUGUGUAGAUGAGGUCCAUGUUAAAAAAGGACCAACGAAGUCGCACUUAAAAAAUUCAUACAUUUAAAACUAAAUAAAAAAUAGCUACAAAUAUGAUUUUGGUGUAAUAAUUCUGCAAAAAAAAUUAGCUCUAUUCAACUAUGCCAUUGGUUUAUUUUUACAAAAUGAUAAAAUUUGUUACCAUAAGUACCUAUUUAUAUAUACCUAUGAAACUAUGAAUUUCAAAAACAAAUGAUGAUCAAAAAAAAGGUAAAGCAGUAGAUUGCUCAGACUAAAUUGGACCAUGGUGUGGGCCACUCUCCCUUAUUAAUGGAGGAAGGUGCCAAUACUUAGGAAAUAUUCAUUAAUUACCACUAGCCACUAUUUACAACAAAAUAUUUGAUACCUUCUGAUUUAGAAUUAACCUCGAUGUAAUUUAAACAAGAAUGUUUUAAUUUGAAGUUUAAAAACCUGGUAAAGUCCAUAUUAUAAAUGAAUAAAUGAUCAUAAUUUGGCAUGUGCAAAACAUUUUCAAGGGCAACCAUUUACAGUCCUUGCAUGUCUUAUGCUACUUUAGUACUAUUCUCAUAGUUUCAUUCAAAAGAGAAUGAAUGUGCCGUGUGUAAACACUAGUAAAUCAUCAUUGAACAAAGAAAGCUUUAAAAGUUGAAAGUUCAAAGGAAGUAGUCCCAAACCAAUAUUAGUAUGAGUUUUAGGUGACGCCUUGCCUUACAUAGACUAUUAUAUAUAUAUAUAUAUAUAUAUAUAUAUAAUGGACGCUAGACUUUGUAAACAGAGCAUGCGUAUCAUAUUUAAUGUAAUAAUGCUUUACAUAGCUAGAAAAGUUAUAAUUUAUUUAUAAUUCAAUUGCAUAAUAUUGUUGGAAUUAAUUUUAAAUUAAAAUUAGAACUUUUAAUACCUAUCAAUGAUUAAUUCUGAAAAUAAAAGUUAGAAAAAAUUAUCAUUUGAACAAGAGUUAUUGCGCCUGAUGCCAUCAGUGGAAUGAUUUCACAAAAUGUGCAGUUCAUCCAUUGUAAAAAAAAUAUGAAACGAACUCGCAGUUUAAAAAUUCAUAGCUUAAACAAAAGUAUUAAAGCUAGAAAGUUGAUUUUGGUUAAUUUUUUUUCUUUGAAGUUUGUCUCUAUUGCUCUAUAUAACUGUAAAGUUGUAUAAUUCUUUUUAAUUUGGAUUUUUUUUACCGAAGUAUCUAGACUUGACUAACCUAAUAAGUGGUCUUACUUCAUUAAUUUAGAAUCAUAAUCGUAUAAGUUUAAGUUUAAGGCUUGUUAUAUCAAGAUAUCUUUUCAUUUUUCUUAUUACACUUUGGUAAAUGUUUAUUCAGCGUUCCACUCAUUUCCCACGGCCGCCUCUUGGUUGCCUUGAUGGCGGAGUGCCAUGGCAACCAAGAUGGCAGCAGUGUUAAAAAACAAUAGUGCAGACAAACGUUGGAUAGAAUGGGCUGGGAAGGGUGAGAGAGAAUUUUUUGUUUUUGCUACUUACUGAGAGAAACGAAAAUAGGAACAAAACAUUAAAAUCUAAUGUCAUCAUUUCAGCCAGCACAUUAAUUUCAUGGGGAACGUAGCUACUUUAUUGUAUAUCACUAGAUAUGCGGCAAGAAGUUCAAUGACCCUUGGUUGCUCCUUUCAUUCACCCAAUAAACAUGUGCUUCAUUUACACACUGUGGUAAGAAGAGUGCAAAAAUGAAAAAAAAACAAUACAAAAUAUUUUUAAAAUAAUGAAAACGCAUCUUACAGUUUCAUCGUAUACACUUUUACACACUUUAUUGCAGGUUUCACGAAAAAAUAAUAAAAAAUUGAAAUUCCAAGAAAUCUAAAUCCAUUUUCCAAAAUGCAGGCACCAAAGCCUUAUUUUAUAAAAAAAUAUUUUUAACCUCUCAAAGAGAAUCCUACAUAGAAACUCAAAGUUGCAGGUAUUGCAUAUAUUGACCAACAUUUCUUUACCUGAUUGGCUCUGUUUCUGGGGGGAACCCAUUGCCUUUGGGAAUCCAUUCCCAGAAGUUUCCGUUUCCAAUUGGAUCCCGUUCCACAUUGGGAUCAUGGUCCCCAUUGAGAUCCCAUUCCCAAGGGAAUCCAUUUCCCUGAUGACUUUGUUUUUAUUUUUAAUUAUGAAUAUGAAUUUUUAAAAUCCAAUGAAAAAGUUAGAAAGAGUGGCGCAGGGAGUGUGAAAUUUUAGUAUUAGACUACUGUAGAUUUAUUUUAUAUAUAUAUAUAUAUAUAUAUAUAUAUUAUAUAUAGUCUAUUAAUACUCAUUACCAUUUUUUGACAUAGAUUACAUCUCUAGCCUACAUCUAAUAUACAAAUUGCUGUGCUUACCAGUGCUGUAACUUAAUUAAUUAUUUUCUUGUGAUAUAAGUACUAAUUAGAAAGAGUGGAAGCUUGCCCUAACACGCCCUACCAUAAACAUGAAUUGCAAAAGAAUGAGGUCAUGGCAUCCUAAAUUUUGUAUAAACAUUUGUAAUUGAUUUUUAUUUUUCAAAGUAGGGAAAAGACAUCUAAAAAAUUUGAUAAUCUCUCAUUUGUCCCAUACAACACUAUCACACAUCCACUAAAACUAGUCAAAAUUCAGCAUCACAGGAUCAGCUUGCAUGCACUAUUGUAUCUUAUUAGGCCUAGGUCUGUAGCCCAUAGGCCUAAAUGCUGGCCCAUACUAAUCUUUAAAGUAACGACAUUCGAAUACUCUAAAAAUAAUUUAUUAGACCCAAUUUUAAAUUGAUGUUGUUUUUUUUAUAACAUAUCCUAAUAUAGGCCUAUAUUUAUUCUGAAAUAAUACAAUAUUUCUGGCAAUUUUUUAUAGAUCUAUUUAUAAGUAAAUAGUUCAAUACAUUAUCAUUCAAAAUUCUUAUAGCAUUUGAUUCUACUUAUCAAGUGUAAAACAUAAUAAAGUUAUGCCAGUUAUGCUGAUGUCAGAAUUGAAUUUAAUCAUAUGACAUUACUCUUUUUAACUUGCAGUGAAGCCUACGUAACAAUAUUUCUUUAAUUCACUUACUUCAUAACACUAAUUUUUGUGUAGGGCGGUUUGAGGAUUCAACAAUUAUCUCAGAACUGCUGUACUCUGCAUCAAACCUUCUCAUAUUAUUUAAUGAUGCUAUUAUCAAGAAAGCCUCUGGUAUCCUCCCAAAAGUAGUAAGUAUUUCAAAUCACAGGGAGUUUAUCUCUUGUAUGUUUUUUCAAGACUUUGAUUUUAAUCUUUUGGUACAUUCCAUAAUGUAGUUUUUAUUUGACUCUUCUUUUAUUGAUAGCUAAAUACUUUGUGUUUAAGAUUAAAGUAUUCAAAAGACCAACAAAUUUGAGCCUGAUCUACUUUAUGGUGGUCAAGAAUUAAUUAAAUAGAAUUAUUUACUAAAAGCUGUAAGCUGUGCUUAUCUUUUAAGAGUAAAAAGGAUAAUUGGGCCUGUGAAAAAAUAUUUCCUAUAUUAUAACAAUAAAAAUGAAUUAAAUGAUUAAAAUAUUACUUAAAUAUUACCAUUAAGUUAAUGUUUAAUGUAUUUGUAUAAAUUUAAAUUUUAGUGUUUCUUUUAAGAAAAUUAAUUGUAUAAAUUCAAUCUGUUUGAACCCACAAUUUUUACAUCUGGUCUUUUCUACCUUCCAGCUUUUUCUUCUUCAUUUUCAAGUUUUAAAAAUUGGCAUGUAACACAUGUAAUAUAAUUAAGGCAAAUGCCACCUCCUUACUAUUUUCAAAAUCAUCAGGGUCUUACAAUUUUCAAAAUCAUCAGGGCCUUACCAUUUUAAAAAUCAUCAGGGCCUUACCUUUUUCAAAAUCAUCAGGGCCUUACCAUUUUCUAAGUCACCAGAGCCUUACCAUUUUCAAAAUCAUCAGGGCCUUACCAUUUUCAAAAUCACCAGAGCCUUACCAUUUUCAAAAUCAUCAGGACAUUACCUUUUUCAAAAUCAUCAGGGCCUUACAAUUUUCAAAAUCAUCAGGGCCUUACAAUUUUCAAAAUCACCAGAGCCUUACCAUUUUCAAAAUCACCAGAGCCUUACCAUUUUCAAAAUCAUCAGGGCCUUACCAUUUUCAAAAUCAUCGGGGCCUUACCAUUUUCAAAAUCACCAGAGCCUUACCAUUUUCAAAAUCAUCAGAGCCUUACCAUUUUCAAAAUCAUCAGGGCCUUACCAUUUUCAAGAUCAUCUGGGCCUAACCAUUUUCAAAAUCAUCAGGGCCUUACAAUUUUCAAAAUCAUCAGGGCCUUACAAUAUUCAAAAUCACCAGAGCCUUACCAUUUUCAAAAUCACCAGUAUCAUUUUCUAAUACACUCUGAUCUUAAUGUCUUUUAUUUUAUUCUCUUUGCAUUGUUAAGAAACAAGUCAUUUUUAUUUCAUAUUCUGAAAAGAACAAAUAAAUAUCCUAAAUAAAUUGUCCCUUAUCUGAUAUAUACAACUCACAUAUUCCCAUUAUAUGGAUGUUUAUGUUGAUAUAAUUCAAGUGGUUAACAUAAUUUAUAAUUGUGAUUUUAACAUUAAAAAUUUCAUAUUUUCUGUUUUGUUCUAAUUUUUUAAAAACUAACAUUUUGCCAUAUGUUUGCUUUUGACCUGAAGUCAGCAUCACAAGAAAGACUCCAGAGCCUGGUGACAGUUUUAGAGUAUGUUGGUGUUUUUAUUGAAAUAACAGCUCAGAGGCUCUAUGGAGAUGUUGGUAAAUGGGUGGCUAUUACAGUUCUACAAAUUGCAAAGUAAGUUCUCUCUUUAUAACUGCAUGUUAUGGUGUUUCUAACAUUAGGACACAUGAUUGUUAUUAACAGUUUUUAUAUAAUGUUGCUUCUGUUGUGAAAAGAAAAAGUGUGUUGUAUGUCAAAAAGGCAAUCAGGUCAAUGGUUUAAUGUUUUUGUCAAUAUUAUGCUAGACAUUAACAGUAGAGAUUUACUUGUAAACAUUAUGAUAGAUACUAAUAGUUAAUAGGGGUUAGAGAUUUACUUGUAAACAUUAUGAUAGGUACUAAUAGUUAAUAGGGGUUAGAGAUUUACUUGUAAAUAUUAUGAUAGAUACUAAUAGUUAAUAGGGGUUAGAGAUUUACUUGUAAUCAUUAUGAUAGAUACUAAUAGGUUAAUAGGGGAUAGAGAUUUACUUGUAAAUAUAAUGAUAGAUACUAAUAGUUAAUAGGGUUUAGAGAUUUACUUGUAAAUAUUAUGAUAGAUACUAAUAGUUAAUAGGGGUUAGAGAUUUACUUGAAAACAUUAUGAUAGCUACUAAUAGUUAAUAGGGGUUAGAGAUUUACUUGUAAACAUUAUGAUAGAUACUAAUAGUUAAUAGGGGUUAGAGAUUUACUUGUAAAUAUUAUGAUAGAUACUAAUAGUUAAUAGGGGUUAGAGAUUUACUUGUAAAUAUUAUGAUAGAUACUAAUUGUUAAUAGGGGUUAGAGAUUUACUUGUAAAUAUUAUGAUAGAUACUAAUUGUUAAUAGGGGUUAGAGAUUUACUUGUAAACAUUAUGAUAGAUACUAAUAGUUAAUAGGGGAUAGAGAUUUACUUGUAAACAUUAUGAUAGCUACUAAUAGUUAAUAGGGGUUAGAGAUUUACUUGUAAAUAUUAUGAUAGAUACUAAUUGUUAAUAGGGGUUAGAGAUUUACUUGUAAAUAUUAUGAUAGAUACUAAUUGUUAAUAGGGGUUAGAGAUUUACUUGUAAACAUUAUGAUAGAUACUAAUAGUUAAUAGGUGUUAGAGAUUUACUUGUAAAUAUUAUGAUAGAUACUAAUUGUUAAUAGGGGUUAGAGAUUUACUUGUAAACAUUAUGAUAGAUACUAAUAGUUAAUAGGGGAUAGAGAUUUACUUGUAAACAUUAUGAUAGCUACUAAUAGUUAAUAGGGGUUAGAGAUUUACUUGUAAACAUUAUGAUAGAUACUAAUAGUUAAUAGGGGUUAGAGAUUUACUUGUAAAUAUUAUGAUAGAUACUAAUAGUUAAUAGGGUUUAGAGAUUUAAUUGUAAAUAUUAUGAUAGCUACUAAUAGUUAAUAGGGGUUAGAGAUUUACUUGUAAAUAUUAUGAUAGAUACUAAUAGUUAAUAGGUGUUAGAGAUUUACUUGUAAAUAUUAUGAUAGGUACUAAUAGUUAAUAGGGGUUAGAGAUUUACUUGUAAAUAUUAUGAUAGGUACUAAUAGUUAAUAGGGGUUAGAGAUUUACUUGUAAAUAUUAUGAUAGGUACUAAUAGUUAAUAGGGGUUAGUAAAUAUUAUGAUAGAUACUAAUAGUUAAUAAGAGUUAGAGAUUUCCUUGUAAAUAUUAUGAUAGAUACUAAUAGUUAAUAGGUGUUAGAGAUUUACUUGUAAAUAUUAUGAUAGGUACUAAUAGUUAAUAGGGGUUAGAUAUUUACUUGUAAAUAUUAUGAUAGGUACUAAUAGUUAAUAGGGGUUAGAGAUUUACUUGUAAAUAUUAUGAUAGGUACUAAUAGUUAAUUGGGGUUAGUAAAUAUUAUGAUAGGUACUAAUAGUUAAUAGGGGUUAGAGAUUUACUUGUAAACAUUAUGAUAGGUACUAAUAGUUAAUAAGGGUUAGAGAUUUACUUGUAAAUAUUAUGAUAGAUACUAAUAGUUAAUAGGGGUUAGAGAUUUACUUGUAAAUAUUAUGAUAGAUACUAAUUGUUAAUAGGGGUUAGAGAUUUACUUGUAAACAUUAUGAUAGAUACUAAUAGUUAAUAAGGGUUAGAGAUUUACUUGUAAACAUUAUGAUAGGUACUAAUAGUUAAUAGGGGUUAGAGAUUUACUUGUAAACAUUAUGAUAGAUAGUAAUAGUUAAUUUGGGUUAGAGAUUUACUUGUAAAUAUUAUGAUAGGUACUAAUAGUUAAUAGGGGUUAGAGAUUUACUUGUAAAUAUUAUGAUAGGUACUAAUAGUUAAUAGUGGUUAGAGAUUUUCUUGUAAAUAUUAUGAUAGGUACUAAUAGUUAAUAAGGGUUAGAGAUUUACUUGUAAAUAUUAUGAUAGGUACUAAUAGUUAAUAGGGGUUAGAGAUUUACUUGUAAACAUUAUGAUAGGUAUUAAAAGUAUGGAUUUGCUUUGUGCUAGAUACUAAUAGUGGUUAGAGAUUUACCUGUAAACAUUAUGCUAGAUACUAAUAGUGAUUAGAGAUUUACCUGUAAACAUUAUGCUAGAUACUAAUAGUGGUUAGAGAUUUACCUGUAAACAUUAUGCUAGAUACUAAUUAGGGGUGUGCCGGAUCCGUUUUUUUCAACCGGAUCCGGAUUUUCUUAUGCAAAAUCCGCCGGAUUUGGAUCCGGAUUCCGUAAUAAUCAGGAUUCCGGAAUAAUCCGGAUUCCGGAAUAAUCCGGAUUCUGGAAUAAUCCGGAUUCUGGAAUAAUCCGGAUUCCGGAAUAAUCCGGAUUCCGGUUUCUCCCGGAUUCCGGAUUCUGGUACUUUGCAGAUACCGCUAAAUCUGAGGGGUUGGAUGCCUUUUGAACAGUUGGCACUAUCAGGUAUGGGAUUGGGCCGAUUGGCCACUAUUAGCGGUGCUGACUCUAGCCUCUGGUAUGUUCGGAAUAUUAAACAUUAAACAAGCUCAACGCUCGAAACAAUCGAUUUUUUUUAAUGUAUCGUGAUCGUGUGGAAUUCGGGAAAGAGAAUUACUUUUAUUUCAGAUUAUGAUCCGGCAGACCUGUUUACCCUCAAACCCCUAAAAUCGUACAAUCUGGUCUCAAAAUCAUACAAUACAAUAUCUUUAUAGUAAAUAAAUAAAACUAUAAAAUAUUUCCAUAUAUUUUGUAAAUGUCGCUGACUGGAUCUUAUAAAAUACCGGUAUGCCAAAAUCCAACGCUCCAUUGCAGAACAGUUGGAUCAUCUAUUUUAUUUUAAAAACCAUCUCUAGUUUUACAAUCGCCGCGGUUCUGAGGAACAAAAUAAUUAUGUACCAAAACUACGUCACACGCUUGCUAGCAGUCAAAGGCGAUGGCGGGUGAAGUUGUCGCUAGGGCGACCAAUCCAAAUAUUACUGUUGACGCAGCAGCCAGCUAGUUCACUGUGAUCCCGUCAAUACGAUACGUCGGGGUUAUUUAUUUAUAUCCUUUGACACUCCCACCAAUCCCCUACCCAUGCGUGUCUCGUAUGCCACAAUUUCCGUCAUCAACAACCCCACCUCCCCAGUCCCAUGAGUGCUUUCGAAAUAUAAUAAGGAUGGUCCCAACUUUAAAAAAAAAAAAAAAUCCAACCAAUCGUUUUUCUCGUUCAUAUUCACUGCCAGAUCUUCAUUAAUAAUAAUAAUAAUAAUAAUAAUAAGUGGUCUUAUAUAGCGCGGUACCCCGGCCUAGGGCUGGGCUCACCGCGCUGUACAUAUAUAGCAAAGAGGCAUAGUCAUAAUAUUAAAAUAAAAUACAUAAAUGAAAUAAAAACAACAUAUAAGCAAAACAACACCAUAGGUAUAUUCAUCCACCCACACCAGACAUUUUUACAAGGAAACCCAUGUACGUUUAUCGGUUUAUAGGAGGAGAAUCAGUCAGAGUAGUAUAGUUUAAAUAGAUGUGUUUUGAGUGCAGUUUUGAAGGCCUGUGUGGUUGUUAUAUUGCGGAUGUGUAGUGGCAAAGAAUUCCAUUGUUUGGGGGCGCAGAAAGAGAAAGAUCGUUCACCAUAUAAUUUAGUGCGUGUCUUGGGAACGGACAGAAUACGCGAGUCUGCGGAGGAGCGAAGUUGUCGAAGGGGUGAAUAGACAGAAAGAAGUUCAGUUAGAUAGGAAGGGCAGGAAUCCGAGAAAAAGUUGUGACAGAGAAGAGACAGCUUGUAGUCAAUGCGUGCCUGUAUAGGGAGCCAAUGUAGUGAGUGGAGUAGUGGAGUGACGUGAUCGCGUUUUUUUGCCUUAAGAACAAGCCUAGCAGCAGAGUUUUGAACUUUCUGCAGUUUUUCUAUAAAAUGUUUCGGUGAACCUGACAGAAGUGAGUUGCAAUAGUCAAGACGAGAGAGAACAAGAGCACAGACUAGAGUUUUUGUUGCGCUAACUGUCAGGUAGUGGCGGAUGGAGCUGAUCUGACGGAUGGCGGUGUAUGCCGAACGACAAAUGUGAGAGAUAUGUUUAUCGAGAGACAUGUUGUUAGAAAGAAUAUAACCAAGAUUCCUAGCAGAGGGUGUAAACUGUAUGUCGGAGUUACCUACUUGAAAUGAGGUGGGAAGAGUUGAGGUAGAGGAUGAUUUGUGAUUGUAAAUGAGGAGUGCUUCUGUUUUGUCAUCAUUAAGCUUCAACUUGCUGAGUGUCAUCCAAGACUUGACAUCAUCAAUGCACCCCCGCAAAGUCUGGACAGCGGAAUCGACAAGAGAUGGAUGGGUAUGCAUGUAUAGCUGUGUAUCAUCUGCAAAUGACUGGUUCUCAACAGCAUGCCUCCCGAGCAAGAGGAGUAGUGGUCUGGUAUACAUUAUGAAUAGAACCGGACCCAAAACGGACCCCUGUGGCACUCCGUACACCAAAUCAGCACUGCCGGAGAGACAGCCAUCGACAGAGACCAUUUGCGUUCUAUCAGAGAGGUAGGACCUAAACCAAGCCAAAACCGAACCAGAAAUUCCAAAGUAGUUUUCAAGGGUUUUGAAAAGGAUUUCAUGGUCAACAGUGUCAAAGGCCGCACUGAGGUCUAAGAGGAUCAAAAUGGAGACAUUACCGCUGUCCAUUGCGCGCAAGAGGUCAUUACUGACUCUCAAGAGAGCUGUCUCCGUGCUAUGGAAAUGUCUAUAGGCCGACUGAUUAGAACUGAGAAGAGAGUGAUCAUUUAAGUAAGCAAAAAGUUGUUUUAGGACUAGUUUUUCAAUAACUUUAGAUAAAAAUGAUAAGUUAGAUACAGGUCUAUAGUUUUUUAAAUUAUUUUCAUCCAGACCGGGCUUCUUAAGCAAUGGUUUGAUGACAGCUGAUUUGCAAAGAGGCGGAACAGUGCCAGAAUAUAAGCUUUCAUUUAUUAUGCGGGUUAUUGUUGGGAGCAAGAUAUCUAAUGACUCAACCAACAGGGGGGUUGGGAUGGGAUCCAAAUAACAUGACGUAUGUUUAGAUUUUAGGAUUAUAUUUUUUACCUCAAGUUCUGAAACAGGUUUAAAAAUAUUAAAAUGGGAAGUAAGACAAGGGAAAGGAGGCAAUUCAAGGGGAGGGGCAUCAAGACGAUCAAGCUCAGCUCGAAUGUCAGCUACUUUGCUUGUAAAGAAAUUACAGAAAAUAUCUGGUUGCUUGGGCAGGGGAAACACCGAAGGAAGCGCAGUUCCUUUGUUACUCCCCCUAAGGUGACCACAAACAUCAAACAACUGCCUGCUGGUUUUACCCAUAGUUAUCUUUUGGCUAAAAUACGUAGUCUUUGCACGACAAACAAUCUGAUUGACACGCUUCUUGGCAGCGUAAAAUAUCUGCUUAAAAACCACAAGACCUGACCUUAACCACUUCUUUUCUGCACUACGGCGCUCUUUCUUGGCACUGCGUAGUUCCUCCUUGAUGGUCGCAUACCAGGGAGAUGACCGCUUUAGACUAAAAUUGCGGCGGGUGACAGGGGCGUGUCGGUCAAGCACAGCGCGCAAUGCACGGUCUAGUGAUUCCAAUGUAGGGCAGAGGGCAGGGGACACUUCUACGCUUAGGUCAUGCUUAAAUGCAUCCCUGUUUAUAGCUCGCAGACUGCGCACCUCCCUAAACUGAGGGGGAGGGUUGGGGCCACUAACACUAAGUUCACAAAUAACACAGAAGUGGUCAGAGGACAGCUCCUGUGUGAUUGAAGCAGAUCUAACUACACCAUCUUGAGGCCUAUGUAGUACCCAGCACCCAUUAGAGAGGGCUAAAACAUCCAAACCCGAAAAAUUAUUAAUUUUUUUAAAAAGGGGGGAAAAAUUUUUUCCACCGGGUCUCUGAAAAUCGUAGUUUUGGAGGGUUUUGGCGUACAAUCGUAAAAGACAUCUAAAAAUCGUACAUUGUUACGCCAAUAUUGUAAGAGUAAACAGGUCUGGAUCCGGUGAGUCACAAAAUCUGGCAAAUUCCGAAAUCCGGUAUAUUCCGGAUUCCGGUUGUUCCGGAUACAUGUAAAUCCGGCGGAACCGGAUUUCACCGGAUAAUGCAAAAUCCGGCGGAACCGGAUUCCGGACCGGAUUCCGGCACACCCCUAAUACUAAUUGUGAUUAGAGAUUUACCUGUAAACAUUAUGCUAGAUACUAAUAGUGAUUAGAGAUUUACCUGUAAACAUUAUGCUAGAUACUAAUAGUAAUAGUGAUUAGAGAUUUACCUGUAAACAUUACGCUAGAUACUAAUAGUAAUAGUGAUUAGAGAUUUACCUGUAAACAUUAUGCUAGAUACUAAUAGUAAUAGUGGUUAGAGAUUUACUUAAACAGUACUGACUAAUACAAAUUACUGACUCUUACUUGUUAAACCAGCACCAAUGGAUAUCAUUUAUAAAUAUAGUUAGCUUAGCUCUACUUAUUUAUUUUUUUCUCUUAACUUGAUCUCUUCAUAUAUAUAGACUUAAAAAUAAAUUGAUAUUUUUAUUAUACUAGCCAAUAUACCCCGCGUUGCACGGGGGCUUGCAUUAGGACCCCCAUCUGGGUAAGACACCAAUCCCAAUGGGACCCCAAUCCCAUUCUCACCACGAUCCCGGCGCAAUCCCUUUCCCAGGUGUGAUCCCGUUCCUGGUGGGAUCCCGUUUUCUUGUGGCUACGUUUCCAGGGGGAAUCCAGAUCCUGGUGGGAUCCCGAUCCUGUCAAUGUCUUGAUCCCAUUGGGAUCAAGACAUGUCGGUGGAUGCCGAUGGACUACUGAUCCCAGUAAGAUACCGUACGCUGAUGGAUCCCGUUCCACCUAGGCAAUAUCUUUGCCGAUGUUAUCCCUUUUCCCGAUAGAUCCCGAUCCUGGUUUGAUUGUGUUACCCGAUGGGCAGGGCCAUCCCUAACAAUUGCGAGGCCCUAUGCGAAGCGGAUUGCGCGGGGCCCAGUCUGGGUAGGGAUAAGGAUAAUAAGUGAAAAUUAAGAACUUUUAUUAGAAAAUAAAUUCGUCUUUGCAUUUUAUUAAUUCUUUACUAAGUAAAAAAUCACGAUCAAAUUAACUUUACUUUACGAGCCGUGCGUGUGGCGAAGUCACACAGUAUAUCAUCAAAAUUCUGUUUCCUACAUAGAUCACGCUCAAUAGCAAGAAUUGCCAAAUUGUUCAAUCUAUCUUCGUGAAUUAUUGACCUCAAAUAAUUCUUCAUUAGUUUGAGGUGCGAGAAGCUUCUUUCACCAGAUGCCACAGUUACGGGUAUUGUUAAAAAUAUUCUGAGUGCAACAAAGUAGUUUGGGACAGCAGUGUAUCUUUCAUUAGUGGACAUAUAAGCCAAAAUUUCUACCGGGGUUUUGGCGGUAUUUGGUAGAAUAUGCCUUAAAGAUUCCAUUUCAUCUGCUAAUUCUCGCCCAUAUAUAACUGCUGACUGGUCUGUUGAUGACGUCAAUGCUUGCUCGAGGCUCGCUGUAAACUUUUGUAUGUCAUCAUGCUGAAGGCUCUUGAAGCUGACAAGAAACCCAAAUAGAUUGUGGUUUGAUUUCCGCUGUUCAAAUCUCGGCUGCAAGGAUUGAAUUGCAGUGUCCACAAUUCUGUUGAAGCAAUUUAUCCUGUAGUCAUCUUCAGCAUUUCCAGGUGUGAAGUUUUCCACAGAUUUAUCAUACUGCCUUUUCCUUUGACGUUUGGCUGGAAAGAUUGCAACAACGUCCAUGUUUUUAGCCAUUUCCUUUGCUGUAACAAGAAUCUGAAUAAUCCCAUCAACUCUCAGUUUCCUUAGCCAAGUCAUCAAGUUGUUGUACGAAUCCAUUGCAGUACUCAAAUCUACUAUUUCACCUUGCAGUUCUUUGCUCACAAAAUUGACUUGGAAGAGCAUGUGAUACCAUAACACAAGUGACACUAAGAAUUUCUACUGCUUUAAUGUUUCAUACAGUGUUUCUGCUUCACUUUUAAUUAUCGCAUCAUUAGUCUCCUCAGCUAAUUCAUUGAGUGUGUCACAAAUUUCAGGCAAUUGAUAAUGAAGUGCUUUGACACUAUCUAUUCUACAUUCCCACCAUGUUUCGCACAGAGCUUUUACAGACAGAUUGGAAACAUGCUUUCUGAAUAAUGACCAUCUCUUUGUAGAUGCUGAAAACAUAGUGUAUACGCGUUGUAUAGUUCCAAAAAAGGGUAACGCAUCAGGGCAUGUUUUGACCAUGUCUGCUACCGCCAGAUUGUAAUUAUGACACGCACAUGGAGUAAAAAAUGCUCUGCUGUUAAUAUUUAAAAGCCGUUUUUGAACUCCAGAAUGGAUACCUUUCAUGUUCGCACCAUUAUCAUAACCUUGUCCACGAAUAUUUUUAACAUUUAAUUCAAGUUUCUCCAGCUUAUUCACUAGUACAUCCCAUAAGUCCUGCCCGGUAGUACUUUCCACAGGAAGAAACUUAAUAAAACGUUCAUGUAUAACCGCAGGCUCUUUCACAUUAACCCCAUCUGAUACAUACCAGAUAGUGAAUGAUAUCUGCUCUUUGUGACUUAUGUCUGGAGUACAAUCCAAUAUCACUGAAAAAGACUUUGCAUUCUUGAUGUCUCGCAGGAUAGCAUUCCCAACAGCAUCAGCUACUACAGUAAUGAGUUCGUUUUCAAUCUUCUUUCCCAGGUAAUGAUCAUGAAUUUCUGCAUUGGUAACACGUCGAAGAUGUUCCCCCAUUACUGGAUUAAACUUUGCGAGUAAUUCUAUUAGACCCAGGAAAUUCCCAUUACUUGGCUCUUCAACUCUUUCAAUGGUCCCUCUGAAAACUAAAUUGCACUCCGCUAGAAAUUGUACAAUCACAACUAGUCUUUGAAAAGCUUGAUUCCAACGUUUAGUCUCAGAAUAAAGCAUCUCCUGGUGAAUUUUGUCAAUGCCUGUUUUUUUACUUAGUCUUGCUCCAGCUUCACAGCAACAAGUCAUGGCGUCUAAAUGCCCUUGCGAUUUUUAAUGUUCUGCUAGCCAUGCAGUACAGUUUUGUCACUGGUUAAAUCCUUCAUUUAAAAAGGAGCUUUUUUUUCCCCAGUAGGCGACAUUAGAAAUAAUAGAUCUUGUCUGCUGACACAGAAUAUAUCAGCCAAGGACGCAAAAUACUUUCACCAUUACUCAGCUUUUGUUUGCAAUGCACUUUAGAGAAAUGCCUACCAUCCUUAUUUUUCGGAAAAUUCUCCAAAGUAAUCUCAGUUGGACCUUUUUGUAACAAAUAGUCUAUACAAGAUUUUUUCUGGCCACAUGGCAGGAUCAUCCAGAUUUCUCAGUGGAUCGACCAUAUUUUGUUCAUUACCCAUAACCACAUGUUGAUCAGUUGUAAGUGUUACAUCAUUGUCUUCUUCUCUUAUGACAUUCUCCACUGCAUUUUUUGCAUUCUUCAUAGAAUCUGUUUUGGCUGUCUCACUAGAAGUGGUCAUGUUCUCAUUUUCGGGUUUUGAUCAUUUUAAAAACUUAUGUAGGGCGCCCUUCUGGUUAUUAGCUGAAGCCUCAUUUGCUUCCUUCUUCUUUUUCUUUUCCCAGCCAGAUACAUAUUUUCUACAAACGUCUCUUGACCUUUUAGGUAAUUUUCUAUCCACCUCACACCAAAAACCUGCAAAAUAUAGCAGAAUAAAAAAAAAUGAAAAAUGAACAAAAUAAAGUAUUUACCGAUUUAUUACGUUGCUAUUGUAUUUGAUUACGUGAUUUAAUGUUUGAACAAAAAUUUGCAUUUGAUUAUGUCACAUGUACAUUUGAUUACGAGUAAAUAGAAUUUGAAAAAAUACCUAAAGUCUACCAAUUUCGGGGAACUUGGGUAAGAUGAACCACUUUUUUAAAUUCCUUUGUCAAAUCCACAUUUUUUGCUUUUUACCUGUAAUUUUCAGUCAAAUUAUUGUUAAUGAUCUGCAUAUGCAUGCGCUUGUCGCUUAGGGAUGAAUCUGUACGUUUUGAGCAAGUGUGUGUGAAAAAAAUUUUUUUGUUAUCUUACCCUUUCUUCGAGUAAGAUGAAACAAUCGUUUGGGUAGACGAAUCACAUUAUUUUAUUUUGUAAAACAAUCUUAAACAUUUGAAAUGAGAGACUAUUCAUAAAACAAAUUGUAUUAAGAUACAAGUUGACGUGCCGAUGGUUCUAUGGCUGACUGUUAACAUAGCGUGGGUUAUCAAUGUACAGGAUCUUCGAAUUUUAUACAACGCUUGUUUCUGAGGAACAAGCUUUACUCACCGGUGAAAAAAUCUUCAUCUGGCAGAAAAGAGAAAAUUUAAACCACUGCUGGUAAAUUUCAAAAUGUUCAUCCAAAAAAUGGAUAACAUCAUCUCCAUAAAUAGCUCCUCCUAUUUGAUUGGUUUCACUGAGCUGAGCCAUCAUAAGGUUAAGAACUGUUUCAUCUUAUUACCCCAAGUUUCCCUAAAUGAUGAGUUUAGAGAUAAAGCACCCGAACAGCUACAAUUUUGUUCCAUUUUAUUUAAUUGUCGUAAUCACUUGAAACAACGACGUAAUAGAUUAAAAAACACUGUAAAAACAUAAAAACAGAAUAAACACUCUGACCUAUACAUGAUUAUAAGUUAUAAUGGUUUAAUUUAAUUAUUUACACCUAGAAUUAGCGCGAGGCCUAUGAAAGUGUGGGGCCCACUGCGGCCACAUAGGUUGCAGUGGCCUAACGGUGGCCCUGCCGAUGGGAUCGCGUAACCGAUGGGUUCCAGUUUACUGUUUGGAUCUCGAUCCCCAUUAGGAUCCUAUUCCUCUUUUGGAUCAUGCUCAGUGCGAUUUGGUUCAAAUAAGCAUUUACAUUCCAUUAUAUAUCCCCGUAGAACAUUAAAGAACCUUCUGGAAAAUUCUAGAUUAAAUUGAAUACCCUCCUUGAAAAGUAUAAAAAAAUUACUUUUCUAUGUAAUUAUUUAUCAAAUACGAAAUAUUAUACAACUAAUUUGCACUACUAUAACUAUAGUAAACUUCAAUUAAAAUAGGGGUCCAUUUAAUAAAGUACCUUUUUAGUUAUGUCUAAGAUGGUGGGCCCUACAAAUAUCAGACUAAUAAAUAAUGGAGUUAAAAUUUAAAAUUGGUCCCAUUAAAAUCUACUUAAAAAUGCCCUAGAUAUAGCUUUUUAAAAUUAUCUAGCUUUCUGGAAAAUUCUAGAAUGGAUAUUAUUAGUUUUAAAUCCACCGAUAAAUGAUGAGCAUAUGAAUGGGUAUUAUGAGUUCAUUCCCCGUCGGUAUAUGAAGAUGGAUAAUAAAGUGAAUGUGUACUAAGUUUGGUCAAGAUCCAUCCAUUCAUGUAGGAGUAUUAUUUAAUAAUUUUUUUUAUAUCGCUCAAAUAAGGAAAAAAAACGAAUUUGUUAGAAAAAGAUCAUAACCCCUUAAGAGUUUCUUCAGGAUAUAUAUGCCAAGUUUGGUCAAGAUCCAUCAAUCCACGUAAAAGCCUUUGUGGAACAAACAGACACCGCCACAAACAAACAAACUUGCACUUUUAUAUAUAUAUAUAUAUAUGAUAUAGACUUAGAAACCAAAUGGGUUAUACUUGUCUCAAAAAACAACCCAAGCAUGGCUGCCUCUGUCUCUUAUAUUUUAUCCUUUACACCAAAUGUCUAACAACAACAACCAAGAAACUUGUUUUCUAGACAGUACUGGCGACUGUGAAAUUGAGAUUAUAGGAAUAAUUAAAUUAAAAUAUUUUCUUCAAAAUUAAUAAUUAUAUUACUUCUUUUUUGUGUGUGUAUUAGAUCCAUCUGUCGAUUUUUGCUGUUUGUCAAGCACAAUGUAGGAAUACAAGCGGUGCCACCUCUGGCUCCAAUAGACAGGGAAGCUAUUCUGAAGCAAGCUGUGGUCCAGAAGCAGAGUGACCAAGUAAAUGUAAUUUGUUGUUAAAUGAUUCAAUUUGUAAACUUGAAAAUAAUCUUAAAAAUAUAAAUUAUUCAAAUUUAUUUAGAAAAAAAAAAUAAUUUGAAUCUAUCUAAUUAUAUUUCCUUAACUUGAUGUGCAAGGUGGGGAUCUCAGUAUUUUAUUAUUUGGCAAGCUGAUUAUCAGGGGAGAUUUCUGUGCAGUAACUAACUGUGCAGUAAAUAUCAUUUUUGUAUGUAGAAAUUAGAGACCGACCGAAUUUCGGCUUCGGUUUCAGUAAUGAAAGUGGCAAUUCGGUUUAAACUGAAAAGUUAACUUUUGGCUUAAUUUCGGUUUCAGCCGAAAGAGAAAAGUUAACUUUAGGUUUAUUUUCGGUUUCGGCCGAAAUUGACUUAGAGUCAGUCAUCUACCAGAAGUCAGAUGGUCUGUCUGUCUCUAGGCCGACAAUCUGAUAUUCAUUAGUGAUCAACGUCUUGCUGUCAUUGUAUGUUAUAUAUGACAGAUACUCAGCAAAAGCGAUAUUUAACAACAAACUAAGCAACAUUUAAUAACAAACUAAACAAUCUUUAAGAACAAACUAAGCGAUCUUUAAUAACAAACUAAACGAUUUUUAAAAAUGAACUAAAUGAUCUUUAAGAACAAACAAAUGAUCUUUAAUAGUCAACUAAAUGAUUUAUAAGAAUAAACUAAGCGAUCUUUAACAGAAAACUAAAUGUUCUUUAAGAACAAACUAAAUUAUCCUAAAGAAAAAACUAAGAACAAUCUAAUCGAUCUUAAGGAACAAAAUAAAUUAUCUUUAAGAACAAACUAAGUCAUCUUUAAGUGAUUUUCAACAACAAAAUAAGCGACCUUUAAGAACAAACUAAACGAUCUUUAAUAACAAACUAAAAGAUCUAUCAAAACAAACUACAUGAUCUUUAAGAACAAACUGAAUGAUCUUUAAGACCAACUAAGCGAUAUUUAAGAAUAAAAUCACUGAUCUCUAAGAACAAGUUAAGCAAUCUUUAUGAACAAACUAAACAAUCUUUUAAUAACACAAACUAAGCAAUCUUUAAGAAAAAACUUAUCAAUCUUUUUUGAACAAACUAAUUGAUCUUUAACAACAAACUAAGAGAUCUUUAAGAAUAAAUUAAGCGACCUUUAAGAUUAAACUAAGCAAUCUUUUAGAACAAACUAAGCGAUCUUUAUGAACAAACUCAACGAUCUUUAAAACAAAUUAACCAAUUAUUAAAAACAAUCUUAAUGAUCUUUAAGAACAAACUAAACAAACUUUAAGAACAAACUAACCGAUCAUUAACAACAAACUUAAUGAUCUUUAAGAACAAACUAAACGAUUUUUAAGAACAAACUAAAUAAUCUUUCAGAACAAACUAAGCAAUCCUUUCAGAACAAACUAAACGAUCUUUAAAAACAAAUAAAGCGAUCUUUAAGAACAAAUUUAGCGAUCUUUGAGAACCAUUAUCAGAGCAACAAUUUUAAGAGACACUGUUGAAAAAAAUAAUUUUCUCCACCAAUGGGGGUGAGGGAGGUUGGUCUCCGAACAAAAUAAGUACGUCACCAGCACGGAAAGACUAGUGUGUUGUUACUAGGUUAGACAUUAAUACAGUGAUAUCUUGCAAGCUUUUAAUGAAAACACAAAGCAUUAGUAUUACGAAAACAUCAAAACAUUGUGGUGAUAUUUUUGUAGCCUUAAUAACAUAUAUUUAGGUGGCAAUUGGCUCUAUUAGAGCCCAAUAAUUAUUGUAGGUAUAUUUUCUAGGUUGAAAUUAUAAAAGCAAAGGGCACUCAAGAGUCUAUUUUGAAUUAAUUUUGCCCCCCCCCCACCCAUUUAUGCCAAAUUUUCUCCUAACAUACUAAUUUUUAACAAUUGUAAAGCAAUUUAAAUUACUUUUAUAUUAAAAUGGUAAAAUCCAAAGUAUUCAUUAGAUCAAGGGUCUCAAACUCAAAUCAUCAGGAGGGCCGCAAGAGGUAGCGUCUGAGUGAGACUGAGCCGCAUCAAGUAUUCCACAAAAAAGCGAUUACAAAUUCAUUAAAGUACAACAGUUACGAUCUGCUCAACCUUUAUAAAUAACAAAUAAAAACAUGAAGGGUUCUCAAGAACUAGGAUUCACUUUCUUCCACCCACUCACUGUUGCCAGGGACUUGGCAGCGCAUCCUUUUAUACAGCUGAGCAACAUUUGGCUUGAGUGAGGAAGCAACUGAGACCCUCAGUAUAGCUUGAAGAUGCUCAUCAGUAGGUUUGGCCCUGACUGCUGAACAACAUUUGGCUUGAGUUAGGAAGCAACUGAGACCCUCAGUAUAGCUUGAAGAUCCUUAUCAGAAAGUUUGGCCCUGACUGCUGAGCAACUUUGGCUUGAGUGAGGAAGCAACUGAGACCCUCAGUAUAGCUUGAAGAUCCUCAUCAGUAAGUUUGGCCCUGACUGCUGAGCAACUUUGGCUUGAGUGAGGAAGCAACUGAGACCCUCAGUAUAGCUUGAAGAUGCUCAUCAGUAAGUUUGGCCCUGACUGCUGAGCAACUUUGGCUUGAGUGAGGAAGCAACUGAGACCCUCAGUAUAGCUUGAAGAUGCUCAUCAGUAAGUUUGGCACUGAACUUUGACUUUUUAAAGUGCAUAGUGGAAAAGAGCUUUUCACACAGAUUGGUACUCUCAAAAAGUCAUAUGAUCCACUUGAACAACCUAAAAAUGUCAGGGAAGGUGGAGGGCAAUGCAAUAAAAUGUCCAUGCUUGUCUGUUUUUCGAUUCAGAUCUCCGCUCGGGGCAUCUUACACAUUAAAGGACAAAGGGUCAGCAUAAAGCUGAAAAGUGGCUUUCUGUGUUUUGAAGUCUAAAAAAUGUGAUCAAAUUCUUUCUGUAGCUUUGCAAUGGCAGCAGUAUACUUACUACUAAGUUACUACUGAAGGGUGUGCCUGAGUCCAUGAGUACUUUUCAUAUUGGGAAAUGGAAGAGGGUUCUAUAAGAACCAUAACACAAAUUUUGUGCAGAAAGCCCUGAAAUUGUCAUGAGCAACACUGACAAGCUACCCCUGGUCUUGUAACUUCUUGUUGAGUACAUUCACCUCCUGUGUAAUGUCAACAAGAAAAUCCAAGUCCAUGAGCCAUUUGGGAUCACUUAGUACAGGAACAAAUGCUAAAAUGUGUCAAGCAGUAGGCAGGAGCAGGCCAUAUUUAUGAAUUAUUGAUGCGAAGGAAGCAGCUAUUGUAGGUAGAAUGAAUUUUGACAUUUUAUUGUAGUAAAGGCCUUUUUGACUAACUGUAUUUUAAAGGACAGUCCUACUAUAUGGAGCAGAAACUUGGAAAACAAUGGCCAGCCAGCAUUACGCAGAACGUAUAGACCUUCAUAAACACAUGCCUUAGAAAGAUCCUGAACAUCAAAUGGCCAAACAUUAUCACCAACAAAGAUCUACUAGAAAUUACUCACCAGGUGCCCAUCGACGAAGACGUCUUAAAGAAAAGAAGGAGAUAGAUAGGACAUACUCUCCGAAAAACCCCAGAUAGCAUCACCAGACAAUUCCUAACAUGGAAUCCACAAGGAAAAGGAAAGAGAGGAAGGCCAAAGAAUACAUGGAGGCGCGAGCUAGAGGCAGACACGCAAAAUAUGGGAUACACCUGGAAAGAAAAGCACAGAACCGUGAUGAAUGGAGAUUUCUUGUGGAGGGCCUAUGCCCCAGACUGGGUAAAAAGGCAAAAGAUGAAGAUUUUGAAAAUGACCAAGCUGACAGGCUCGGAAUUUCCCUCACUCGUAAACACUAGUGGCAAUUUUAAUAUGGAUCCUUUGAUAAUGUAUCAGAUUGCUACGAUUUACACAAUUAUGGUUGUGCAUUACCUGCCAACUUACUUUUAAAAACUUUUUUCAAAGCCGCACUCUUAUACCAUGUUUGUCUCAUAAAAAGCUAUAAAAUAGAAACUUUAAUUCCGAUUUUUAAAAUGGUUCUUACCAUUAUAAUCAUACAAAAAUAUAUAGAAACAUUUUAAAAAUCAGAAUUAGACUAAUCGGUGACAUUCGACUGAAACCGUCGCGGAGAGUCACGUUAUAGAUAUGAGAAUGGGGAAAACGCACCGGCGCAUUAACACUAAACUUUGCUGCCAUGUAGCGGGCCGCAAAAUAUCAUCUGUGGGUCACAAAUGGCUCGCGGGCCGAGAGUUUGAGACCUCUAUAUUAGAUGUUUAUUUAUUAAUAUUCACGAUUAUCUCAUUUUUAUAAAAAGAAUGUAAAUAUUGAUACUUUCCCCCAUCAUUUGCGAUGUAUACAGAAUGUAUGCGGGAACGAAUAUCAAAGUAUCUAAAUAUUUCGGUUUCGUCCGAAAGUCAUUUUUUAACUUUUGGCCUAUUUCGGUUUCGGCCGAAAGUCAUUUUUUAACUUUCGGCUUAUUUUCGGUUCUGCCGAAAUCAGAAAAUCACUUUUGGUCGGUGUCUAGUAGAAAUGUUGCCAGUGGCCUAAAUUGAGUAGUGCAGAAGCUAAAAACCAAUCUUACUGCCAAUUAAAUCCUAAGCAAAGCAUUGAAAUUUGUGCAUCUGCCAUUCUUUAGAAUAACCAAGGCAAGACUCAGACUGCUACCAAUGGUCCCAUUCCAUCUGUGACCUUCACAUUGAAAAGAUCUGGAAAAGUUAUGAGGUCAAUGGCCACAGGUGAGAUUAACUAUUCAUUGGUGCUACAUUGUGAGAUGAACUAUUCAUUGGUGCUAUAUUGUGAUUAUGAACUAUUCAUUGGUGCUAUAUUGUGUCAUGAAUUAUUCAUGGGUGUUACAUUGUGAUAUGAACUAUUCAUUAGUGCUAUGUUGUUGUUGUUGUUCGUCCAUCAAAAUCGACUAGGAACAUCGAGUCAUCCGGUAAGCAAAUAGAUGACUAAUGACUUGUGUUGGUGACUUUGUUUAAAGUGAGGAAGAGUUGCGCAUCGUCAACCUCACUCUCUCUUCCGGACCCACCGUGUCCAGUGGCAAGACUAAGUCGAGACGACCGGAGAUGGGUACAGAUGCAGUGGAUGACCAAGAUGUUCUACAUGCCUCAUCUUGCUCUGCACACUCCACGGUGCGUUGCUGUAAUCGCCUUCACCUUUGUUGAACCUAAAUGGUCUCCUUUGCAGGAUCCGUCAACUUCCAGGUUUCACAUGCAGUAGGUAGGCAGUCCUAAAUCACCAAGGGUUUUAGGCCAAAUAGCUACCCUCACCUGGUUUACCCAGUGAAUGGAAGCCGUUGCCCAGGGUAUGGCCGCUGUUGCUUGCUAACAGCUGAGGGGAUGCACAGGUGAGAGUUGAGUGACGGGAGAGGACCAAGGUGGACGAAUUGUUCCCAGGAGCACAUCGUUUUCUCCCAUCAGGGUUACUACCUCUUCUUGUACACACCCUUAUAAAUAAAAAUUCCGGCAAGAGUCUUUAAUAUAUAUUGCACUUAAAUGACUUUCCUAUAACUAAUUUUUUUUAAAAUAAAAAUUCCUUCCUUUUGUGUAUUAUUAUACCGCCAUCUUGUUGUAGCCGGAAGUUAUCCUUUGUAUAGUGAUAAUGGAGAUUUUGUUAACUAGAGUUAUACUGUGUCAUGAACUAUUCAUUGGUGCUAUAUUGUGAGAUGAACUAUUCAUUGGUGUUACAUUGUGAUAUGAAGUAUUUAUUGGUGCUAAUUGUCAUAUGAACUAUUCAUUCCUUAAACAUUGUGAGGAACUAUUUAUUGGUGCUUUAUUGUGAGAUGAACUAUUCAUCUGUGCUAUAUUGUUAGAUGAACUAUUCAUUGGGGCUAUAUUGUGAGAUGAACUAUUCAUUGGUGCUAUAUUGUGAGAUGAACUAUUCAUUGGUGCUAUAUUGUGAGAUGAACUAUUCAUUGGUGCUAUAUUGUGAGAUGAACUGUUUAUUUGUGCUAUAGUGUGAGAUGAACUAUUCAUCUGUGCUGUAUUGUCUUGAAGCUAUCAUUGGAAGGGAAGAUGCUAUUUUCUACAUCAUGUAGAUCGGAAAUAAUUUCAUCUGUUUUAAUUAUUCAGUUUUGUACAAUUUAUUUUGUUGUGAAAACCAAGCAUUUUGCUUUUGAUGAAAUAACCAGCUGAUACUAUUCUGUUAAUGGUGGCAUAGUGAAACAUUUUGAUUAUGUUUAAAUCAUCAGCUGAUGUUCUGUUUUUGCUGGCAUAGUGAAACAUUUUGAUUAUGUUUAAAUCAUCAGACUUUGACCAAUUUAAAGUUAACAAAAAUUGGUGCUAAAAAAAAUGUUAACCUAUUUGUAGUGAUGAGAAUAUUUUUUAUAAACAAAUCGAAAUAUUUAAAAGGAGUAGGAUUCUAGUGAUAAUCUUGCUACAGGCUCAUUAGAAAAGAGUUGAGUUUUAUGAACCUAUAUUUCAACACAUCUUGUGCUAAACUUCUUUUAGAAAUAGGAUUCCGUUUACAAUAAUAAUAAUGAUGUGAUAAAACUAACUUAGAUUCAAUGCUUCUAGCUCCUCCAAUGAACCUUCGAGACUGGAAACUUCCUCAACUACCAUCAGUUUCAUCACCUGUGUUGAAAGAAAAUUGCAAACCUACAAAGCUGUCACGUUCUCAAGUUUGGGGAGAAUGCAUUUAUAUUUUUAAGCCAUUAAUUCACUGUAUCCUUUUUAUUUAUUAAUACUUAUACCACAUUUUAAGUGAAAGUAUGAUUGUAACAAACCUCCCCCAAUAAAUGUGCCUGUUUGAUAGACAGAUGAUAGGCAGUUUAAUGAGUCUGUUUGGUAAGGAGUGUGAUUAGUCUGUUUGAUAAGUCUGUUUGAUAAGUCUGUUUGAUAGGCAGUUUGAUGAGUCUGUUUGAUAGGCAGUUUGCUGAGUCUGAAUGAUAGGUAGUUUGAUUAGUCAGUUUGCAGGCACUAUGUUGUCCAGAGUAACAACAUUAUUCUAUGAUAUACUUUUGUUCUUCUUUCCAACCUGGAUGACGACAAGCAAUAAAAAAACCAGGUGAAAUACACAAGCUCUUUAUUUACCAUGUUCUUCUUUAAUAUUAUGCUGUUCAAAACCACAAGUUGCACAUAAUGGAAAUUCCUUGCUAACAGCAAACAAGAUGGCUGAAACUCCAAUCACCACACCACUCCCCACCCACCCCUGCCUCAUCAAAUUCCACAUUCCAUCCACACCCGACCACACUCCAUCCACAACCUGACCACACUCCAUCCACAACCCAACCACAUUCCAUCCACAAGCCGACCACAUUCCAUCCACACCCUGACCACAUUCCAACCACACACCAUCCACAACCUGACCACAUUCCAUCCACACCCUGACCACAUUCCAUCCACACCCUGACCACAUUCCAUCCACAGCCCUGCCACACUGCAUCCACAACCAGAGCACAUUUCAUCCACACCCUAACCACAUUCCAUCCACACCCCAACCACAUUCCAUCCACGGCCCGGCCACACUCCAUCCACAACAGACCACAUUCCAUCUACACCCCAACCACAUUCCAUCCACACCCCAACCACAUUCCACCCACAUCCCACCACAUUCCAUCCACAACCCGACCACAUUCCAUCCACACCCCGACCACAUUCCAUCCACAUCCCACCACAUUCCAUCCACAACCCGACCACAUUCCAUCCACAACCCCACCACAUUCCAUCCACACCCUGACCACAUUCAAUCCAAAACCGGACCACACUCCAUCCACAACCCGACCACAUUCCAUCCACACCCCGACCACAUUCCAUCCACACCCCGACCACAUUCCAUCCACAACCCAACCACAUUCCAUCCACACGGGCUGGUGUAAGGUAGGUGCACCCCACCACCUUCCAUCCACCCCCUGACCACAUUCCAUCCAAAACCCGACCACACUCCAUCCACACCCCGACCACAUUCCAUCCAAACCCCGACCACACUCCAUCCACAACCCGACCACAUUCCAUCCACACCCCGACCAUAUUCCAUCCACACCCCGACCACAUGCCAUCCACAACCCAACUACAUUCAAUCCACACCCCGACCACAUUCCAUCCACAACCCGACCACAUUCCAUCUACACCCCGACUACAUUCCAUCCACAACCUGAUCACAUUCCAUCCACACUCUGACCACAUUCCAUCCACAACCUGACCACAUUCCAUCCACACCAUGACCACAUUCCAUCCACACCCCGACCACAUUCUAUCCAAACCCUGACCACAUUCCAUCCACACCCUGACCACAUUCCAUCCACAACCUGACCACAUUCCAUCCACACCCUGACCACAUUCCAUCCACAUCCCACCACAUUCCAUCCACAACCUGACCACAUUCCAUCCACACCAUGACCACAUUCCAUCCACACCCCGACCACAUUCCAUCCACACCCUGACCACAUUCCAUCCACACCCUGACCACAUUCCAUCCACAACCUGACCACAUUCCAUCCACAACCCGACCACAUUCCAUCCACACCCCCACCACAUUCCAUCCACACCCUGACCACAUUCCAUCCAAAACCAGACCACAACCCGACCACAUUCCAUCCACACCCCGACCAUAUUCCAUCCACAACCCGACCACAUUCCAUCCACAACCCGACCACAUUCCAUCCACACCCCGACCACAUUCCAUCCACAACCAGACCACAUUCCACCCACACCCCCACGUGUAAGGUAGGUGUUUCCGACCACAACCUGACCACAUUCCAUCCACACCAUGACCACAUUCCAUCCACACUCUGACCACAUUCCAUCCACACCCUGACCACAUUCCAUCCACACCCUGACCACAUUCCAUCCACACCUCGACCACAUUCCAUCCACAGCCUGACCACAUUCCAUCCACAGCCUGACCACAUUCCAUCCACACUCUGACCACAUUCCAUCCACAACCCGACCACAUUCCAUCCACAACCCGACCACAUUUCAUCCACACCCAGACCACAUUCCAUCCACAACCCGGCCACAUUCCAUCCACACCCCGACCAUGCUCAUAAAACCAGUUCAUAACAAGUGUACAUGCCAAACAAUAAGAGACCUUUGUAACAGCAUAUGGUCUCCUAAGCAACUUUAAGUUAAAUCACUGAUACAAAUGAGUUAAGUGACCUUAACUAAAGCCAAGUAACAAGCUUGUAUAUUUAUGGCACAUCUUCUUUUAAACCUUGGCUACUCUCAUCAGGUCUUGAUGUCUCAAGGUAAGAUAAAUGCUUUACUGCUUCUUGUAUCAUGCUCAACUCACUAGUUUUGUCACUCAUUAUUUUCAGCAAAAGAAAAGGUUAUCUUGCAGUCAUAAAUAAAUUGAUGAAUUAUACCUGAUGAAGUAUACUUGAUAAUAUAUAAUUGAUGAUAUGUACCAGUCUAAAAUCUUGCUUUCCUUACUUGUAUCGUCAAGUAAGAAUUUUGCUUGAAAUUCAUUUGAACCCUUUCAUUUAGUGUAUUUUAUAUUUAUCUGUUUAACAUCUUUACCCAACUACUCUUACAUAAAGUAGAUCAUUAUACAUAUAUAACAUGAAUAUUAUCAGGAAGAUGAACCUUUCUGCAUUUAAAUACAAAUAAUUUCCUUGCAAAUUUUUUUUAAUGGAAUUUCUAUCUAAAAACAAAGACAUUUUAUCUUCAUCAGCCUCUACUUAAUAGGAGAUACUGCAGCACUUAAUCGACAAGAGCAAGCCGAACUGAGGAGACGAUCUCUCAUGUUGGUCAUGUACCUACUAAGAUCUCCUUUCUAUGAUCGUUACACAAAGUAAGUUUUGUUGCACUUUUUCAGAUUAUCAUGAAAUAUUUUUGGUUCUAGUUGUGUUUUUUUUCUGUCUAUCUUUUAUGGUUUUUCUCUAUAAUGUGUGUUGAGUUGCAGCAUUCAUUUAGCGUCAGAGAAAAUGGAAAUUUUGUGUUCAUAAUGAUAUCUAAUGUUCUCCUAUUAAAUGGAAAAAGAAGCCGCUAGAUAUUUACAUAAAUCUUAUCACUUGUUAUAUUUUGGUAAUAUCUCAUUUCGACUCUCCCUGGUAAUAAAUCUGUUCAAUUUUCCAUGGUAAUAAAUCUGUUCAAUUGUCCAUGGUAAUAAAUCUGUUCACUUAUCUAUGGUAAUAAAUCUGUUCAAUUGUCCAUGGUAAUAAAUCUGUUCAAUUGUCACUGCCAUUUAAUUAUGAAUUGUUGUUCUCUGUCAAUAUUAUCAUAUGGGUGUUUGAGAUCAGUGUUUGAGAGAGGAAGUUAAAUUGUCUCUCACAUGAACAAAAAGUUAUACUUAAUCAAAUCAGUGGUAGUGCAUAAUUAUUUUGUAAUUGUAACUAUUUUGUUUAUGAUUUCAAUUUAAAUGUGUUGUUUUUUUUGGAAAGAAUGUUUAAAAAACUGCUUAGUUCUGAACUUUACUCCUUUUCCCUAACAGUGCUAUGUCAUCAGCAUAAGCAAAAUACUGAAGGGGUUGAUUGUAGAGACAGCCCAUUGGGCAUGGGUCUUGAGUUUUCCUCAGAAAGUAUCCUGUUAUUGUUCCUCAGGUGUCAAUAUGUAUGCUUCUUAUAACUCUCUCUAAUGUUAGGUUAAAUAGCAGACAAGAUUUUGAGUGUCCCUGUCUCAGGCCUCGUCUAAUAUGAAAUUCCCUUGAACCUUGAUUUUGAUUUUUGAGUUGUUCAAUGUUACAUGUAUCAAUCUUGUCAGUUUGUUGGGUAUGCCAAACUCCUGUAGAGUCUCAUUGAGAUAUUAUCUUUUGAUGCUGUCAUAGGCCAUUUUGUAGUCCACAUAGAGUUGAUGUACUUGGAUUUUAUAUUCAUAACAUUUCUCCAAUAGGCAUCUGAUGGUGAAAAUGUGUUCAGUUGUUUAUCUGUUUUGCCUGGAUCCACAGUUUAACAAAUACUUGUCUAACAAGUACUAGUCUAGCAGAUACUAAUUUAACAAAUAAUAGUCUAACAGAUACUAGUCUUAAAUAUAUUAGUCUAACAAACUAGUCUAAAUGAUUUCACUUCUGAAAUAAUAAUCUCUCCAUGUGGCUCUUUCUGUAGACUAAGAAUGGUACACGGCUUUUUAAGCAAACUGUUUUGAUAGCAAAAGUAACUUAGUUUAGUAGAAUUAGAAAAUUUAGGACAAUGACCCUAGUAUAGUAGAACAGAACAUUAAGGACAAUGUACUUAGUGUUGUAGAAUUAGAAGACUGAUUUUGGAAAUGGGGAAAAUUGUAUAGAAUAAAAUUAAAAGACACGAUGAAAGACAAAAUUAACAUUCACUGAAUAACAUAAGACUAGUGGUGCUCAACCACACUCACACGCACAAGCACACAAAUGAGUGCACACACAGACACUUGCACAAACAUGCACAUGGACAAAAUAAUGGUUUUUAUAGCAUCAAACAUCCUUAAUUAGUACGACGAAAUAUUAGGAAUGAAAUUUUCAAUGUCAAGGUUAUUUAUCGGUAUAGCUUUUGUGUACUUGAUUGCAGGAUAAAGCUAUUAGGCAUUCUCAAAGGAUUAUCAGAUACAAUACCUGGAGUAUCACUUGUUCUUGGUGAGUACUUUAAUUAAGAAAGUCAACAUGUUUCAGUCUGAAUGGAUGCUAGUUUGAAAUAAACAUGACCAUUGCAGGAUUUAUGCUCUUGAAGUUCUGGGAUACCCGCACUAUAAGUAUAAGAGUGUUGUACUGCAAUAAAGCUUUCAAGUAGAGCAGUGUUUCCCAAACUUUUGACAUUUGUGUACCCAUCAAUAAUUUUCAUAACACAGAGUACCCUGCAUUAAAAAAAAUUGCAUGAACUUAAAUAACAAUAAAAAAAAAAAAUUGUAAAAUUGUUUCCUUUGCAGCGUGUACGUCCAUUAAACUCUUCCUGUACCCCCAGCGGUAUGCGUACCACACUUUGGGAAACACUGAAGUAGAUUGAGACCCAAACAUUUUGUGUAAAUAAAACAAUAUAGGUUAAGCUUUAAUAUGAUUAUACAAAUGAUAAAUGUAAAAGUUUCAGCAAAUGCCAUUAUCAGUACAACAGAAAUAUCCAUAUUAGUAUAAAUUAAAUUUUAAACUAAAUUAAUAUAAUACAAAUACAUGUAUGGUACCUAAGAAAGAAAGAAAAGAAUUAGAGUGGGUGCAAGUCCCUGACAAAAAAACAAAGCUCAGAAGAACAGAAGAAAGGAAGUGGGUGGAAGUAAAGUUUAAAAACCAAAUAAGAAAAAUACAUUGCAGCUAUGUCAAAUUAUGAAUUUGAUUUAUACUGUAGGGAGUCAGCGAACAAAAUUUUGUUAUUAAUUUAUUUUUCAUAUAAAUUCUGUGAUGUGUAGUACUUGCAUAAAAUAUACCACUAACCGCAAUGUCUAAUAUUCCAUCACUGUUGAAAUGUUUUGAAACCUGACAAAGGUCUUGUUUAUUGAUGCUAUACAGGUGUUCUCCAAAACUGUCUAUUGAUGUUAUACAGGUGUUCUCCAAAACUGUUUAUUGAUGUUAUCCAGGUGUUCUCCAAAACUGUUUAUUGAUGUUAUACAGGUGUUCUCCAAAACUGUUUAUUGAUGUUAUACAGGUGUUCUCCGAAACUGUUUAUUGAUGUUAUACAGGUGUUCUCCAAAACUGUUUAUUGAUGUUAUACAGGUGUUCUCCAAAACUGUUUUUUUUUUAUGUUAUAAAGGUGUUCUCCAAAACUGUUUAUUGAUGUUUUACAGGUGUUCUCCAAAACUGUUUUUUUUUAAUGUUAUACAGGUGUUCUCCAAAACUGUUUAUUGAUGUUUUACAGGUGUUCUCCAAAACUGUUUUUUUUUUAUGUUUUACAGGUGUUCUCCAAAACUGUUUUUUUUUAUUUUUAUUUUUUUUUUUUUUUUUAUAAAGGUGUUCUCCAAUUUUGUUUUUUGAUGUUUUACAGGUGUUCUCCAAAAUUGUUUUUUUUUAAUGUUAUACAGGUGUUCUCCAAAACUGUUUAUUGAUGUUUUACAGGUGUUCUCCAAAACUGUUUUUUUUUUAUGUUUUACAGGUGUUCUCCAAAACUGUUUUUUUUUAAUGUUAUACAGGUGUUCUCCAAAACUGUUUAUUGAUGUUUUACAGGUGUUCUCCAAAUCUGUUUUUUUUAAUGUUAUACAGGUGUUCUCCAAAACUGUUUAUUGAUGUUUUACAGGGGUUCUCCAAAACUGUUUUUUUUAUGUCAUACAGGUGUUCUCCAAAACUGUUUAUUGAUGUUCAAUGGGGUACUGUAUUGGGUUUGAAUGUUUCAUUUUGAUCCUAAGAAUUAAUGCAUAAAAGAUGUGUGCAUUGAAUCUUUUGAUUCCCAUUAAAAUUUCUGCUUUGGUUACCCCUAAAAUAAGUCGCCCAGAUGGAAAUUAUUUGUUUCACCAAAUAAUAAGUUGUUAAUAAAUAUUGUUUUUCGUUGAAUCUAUUUGACAUGUCCGUAACUGUAAGAUCUCUUUUUUAUUGUAGGGCCUUUGAUGGAUUACCUUCCCAUCUGGCAGAAAAUAUACUUUUACACAUGGUCAACAUAACACAAGUAAGGAUGCAGUCACAAUUAGACAUAGUCAACAUAACACAAGUAUGGAUGCAGUCAAGUCAACAUAACACAAGUAUGGAUGCAGUCACAAAGUCUCAAUCAUUUAACAUCUUGAAGGUUGUUGUUUCAUGUGUGCUAAAAUAUCCAACUGCCCUGAGAAAUCGAUUUAGCUUACUGUAUUUAACUCUUUCGCUGCGGAGCAACGCAGAGUGCGUUCAUCUGCCGUUCUCAAAAGCACGGACCAACACGCUCACAUUCCUUUCAAUAGCAUGUUUGUUUCUUUGCUAUUUCUCUGCUAAACUUUUUAAGAGCUACUUUUUAAUAGUACUUUUACAUAGAAGAGUGGUACUUCAUUGUUUAUAAGCGAAACCAAGUUUUAUUUGUUGUCAUUUGAAGCAUUAUUUUAAUGAUUUUCUUGGCUAUUUUUUCUACUGUUCCUAUGGCUACCCUAGGCCCUAGUCGGUGAGUAAGUUUCCUAUAUGAUUAACAGCUCAAAAAGCUUUGGAAUUGAUUUAUACUAUUUCUUUUGAUGGUGAAGAGGAUUUAUAUUUAGAUCCAUCACAUGAUUCCGAUGGUAGUAGUUUUAGAGGAUUUGCGUUAUAGGAGUGAAGAUGAGGUAUGCGUACAUCAUAGGGUUUGGGGGAAUAUGGUUUAGCAUAUGUUUUCACAUUUUAUGAUUCUUCUCUGGAACUUAUUUUAUUUAAACUGAAGAAAUAAGUUCACAAACAUAUAGUCCUUUCAAUUAUCUUUCAUUUGAUACCAAGUUUAGUCUUAUAAACCAAAAAGUAAUAUUUUAUAUAUUUUUUAAUAAACCCAACCUCUCACUCUUUUUUGCUCUUCGAAAAAUAAUGUACAUUUUUCAGAUAAAAAAAUUCUGCAGCGAAAGAGUUAAAGCAACAAAAACUUCUUUUUGAAUGUUGUUAUCAUGUUUUGUAUAUAACAGCUCCUGUAGUCAGACAUUUGUGAGGCUGUGCACUGUUGGCUUGUGAGGCAGGGUUGGUUUGUGAGGCUGUGCCCUGUUGGUUUGUGAGGCAGGGUUGUUUGUGAGGCAGUGCCCUGUUGGUUUGUGAGGUUGUACUCUGUUGGUUUGUGAGGCAGUGCCCUGUUGGUUUGUUAGGCAGUGCAUUGUUGGUUUGUUAGGCAGUGCACUGUUGGUUUGUGAUGCUGUGCACUGUUUGUGAGGUUGUGCACUGUUUGUGAGGCAGUGCACUGUUGGUUUGUGAGGCAGUGCACUGUUGGUUUGUGGUGCUGUGCACUGUUUUUGAGGUUGUGCACUGUUUGUUUGUGAGGCAGUGCACUGUUGGUUUGUGAGGCAGUGCACUGUUGGUUUGUAGGCAGUGCACUGUUGGUUUGUGAAGCUGUGCACUGUUUGUGAGGUUGUGUACUGUUUGUUUGUGAGGCAGUGCACUGUUGGUUUGUGAGGCAGUGCAAUGUUUGUUUGUUAGGCAGUGCACUGUGGUUUGUGAUGCUGUGCACUGUUUGUGAGGUUGUGCACUGUUUGUUUGUGAUGCAGUGCACUGUUGGUUUGUAAGGGGGUGCACUGUUGGUUGCUGGAAAGUCUGCUUUACAUGGAAGUAAGGGAAUCUAUGCAGUGUUUUCUUGUGUUUGUAACAGGAAUGAAUUCUAUAAUUAUAAGUGUCAGAGAUAUGUUAACUGAAGCAAGCUGACUUUGGUGCAAACUCCAUUUCGAUACUCUCCCUCAUAUGGCUGGCAUUUUCAAUUUAAUUAUAGGGGGAAAAAAUGGCAGUUCUUGUAUGUAGGUCGGGGCAGUUAAACUUUGCCUUUGUGUCGGCAAAACAAGAAUUUGCCAUAAAAUGAGCAGUGAGUAUUGUCGUUAUUGCAAAAUAUCGUGAUUGCCAGUUGCUACUGUACAAAAAAAAUAAUAAUUUUUAAUACAAUAAUUAGGUCAAAGUUAUAUUUUUUUAUAAAUUUGGUAUCAAAAAAUUUGUUACAAUGUCCUCUAUUUUUUAAUAACAAAAUGGAUUAAAAAUUCUCAAUAUCAUCAGUAUGGGGCCAUCCAUAUAUUACGUCUGUACUGAGGGGGCUAAGGAGAUUGUUGAUUUUGAAGAUUCCUUGUAUAUAACUUGAUUUAUAACAUUAAACUGAAGUUGUUGCUACGAUUCUGAUUGAAGUUUAUGAAACUGUGAGGCUAAUAUGUCAGUGUUUGGUAGUCAAUAAAUAGUAUUACCUGGCUGAUAAUGCCGAUAUCAAAGAGCAUGUUACUGUGUGCAAAAUAUUUCCAGGCUGAUGAUAACGAUAUCAAAGAGCAUGUUAAUGUGUGCAAAGUAUUACCUGGCUGAUAAUACAGAUAUCAAAGAGCAUGUUACUGUGUGCAAAGUAUUACCUGGCUGAUAAUACAGAUAUCAAAGAGCAUGUUACUGUGUGCAAAGUAUUACCUGGCUGAUAAUACAGAUAUCAAAGAGCAUGUUACUGUGUGCAAAGUAUUACCUGGCUGAUAAUACAGAUAUCAAAGAGCAUGUUACUGUGUGCAAAGUACUACCUGGCUGAUAAUACAGAUAUCAAAGAGCAUGUUAAUGUGUGCAAAGAAAAUGUUGGAUAAAACCUUGACAGUCUUGGUUUUUUUUUUCUGAUCAUUUGAAUGAUCAUCUUUUGGAUUGAAACCAUUGUUGAUGCCUCUCAUCUUCUCACCCUCCUAUCAAAUAUGAACUCUUCUCACCCUCCUAUCAAAUAUGAACUCUUUCAUUGUUGUAUGAACUCUUUCAUUGUUGUAUGAAAUCUUUCAUUGUUGACAUGUUUUAAAAUAAAAGAUUUGCAGAU